AUGCUCAAAAAAGGCCUGCUACUACUAUUGGCAUUGACAUCUGUGGUGAAGGCGCUGGAAGCCAAUAUUCCAUUCAAUGUCAAUCUCUAUGAAUCGCACAUCCCAGCCCAAUUGGCCGAUCAGCUCAUACUAAACUCCUCGCCUGAGAGCGAAGUCUUCUAUGAGCGCUUUUUUAUAGAUAGAAAGUACCAAAAUGGGCUGGAUGAGUACAUAUGUGAGUUUGCACCAGUUACUCUACAGCCACCGUCAGAGGAGUAUCAGAGUCCAGAAUCGGAUUCGGAAAUACUUGCAAAGGCAACUCAAUUGAUUCACUCCAGUUUUUCACUCGACUCUUGUGUGUGGGCCUACGAUUUCCGUGGAUGGUAUUGGACCUACGCUUUUUGCUUUGGAGAUAAAGUCAUCCAAUACCACGAGGGAGCACCCAUCUCAGAGAGGCCACAGAAGCACCUCCCAAUUGCCCCAAAUACCAUUUUUGUUCUUGGACGAUUCACAAAGGCCUCAGCUGAUAAAAUCGAAUUCAAGAAUCAAGUCUCUCAAUCCCAGUUCGAGUCUUACUCGGAACAAGCCGGGCGCUCUUAUAGGCUACUUGACGAAAAGUCAUCUCCAUUUGCUCAUCACUCCUCCCAGAGAGUUGUUCUGCAAAUGGUGACCGAUGGUACACUCUGUGAUAUGACAGGGCAACCAAGAAGUCUUGAAAUGAUGUAUCUCUGCUCAGAAAAUGGUGGUAGCUCUCCACAGAUCAUGAAUGUCCAGGAGGUGAAGACCUGUCACUACAAAAUGGUCUUACAUGUCCCCAAGCUUUGUAGCUAUGACCCAUUCAUACCUAACAAGCACGUUCAGGAAUCCCUCGUGGAUGUGGCCUGCCAAAAAAUUGAUAAGGAGCCUGUGGAAAAUGCAGCUUCUAAUCUUGACUUUGGCAGGUACAUUGGCCGAACUGUUUUGCGAGAAGAUGACGAUUUCCCUGUUCGUGCGGAUAAUAGGGUCAAUAUUGCUCAGCAUGAGGCACAAGACUUAGGUCAUGGUUUCUAUGUUGCGUCAAACGACUAUCAUUACGUGAGUAGCAGUGAAUACUUCAAUUACCGCUCAGUUGUGUUUUUCAACGGAGAGUUUGAAGACCUUGAAGACCUCAACUAUCAAUUCGGCAAAACAAUCUUCGAAGCAGUUGGUUCAUCGCUUCUAGCACCCACAGCUACACAAGAAUUUCCAGAAGUUCUCGACUGGAUGCAUAAGUUUGUGCUAUGGUUUGAGAUUUACGAUUUCACAGGCGAGUUUAUACUACUCUCACGAAUUGAAAAUUCAGCCGAUACCGACCAACAUCAAUUGGAUGCUUCAGUUGUGGACCCAGUUGAUUUGCUAGAGAUGAAUGGAGACAUUCCAUUGUUUGUUCGCUUCGAACGACCCGAAUUCAAAGCACCCAGCAAUAUGUGGAAUUUUGAGUUAUUCUCCAAGGAUCCCAGAUAUCCAUAUAGCUCUAGAAAGAGAAUUAUUAAGCACCCACAAUUAUCUGAGAAUGAUGAGCUGCCACAAAAUCUCGAAGAUUCGAGUGAUCCCCAAGCCGAACACGAUGCCUCUGAGCAAGAACCCCAGGCGGAAGAAAAUCAUCUGAGCAUGACUUCAGCAGAUACAACAGAUACAACAGUUGAAUCUGAAGAAAUGCCUGAGCUUGACCUUGAAGAGACAAGGGAUCAUGACAAAGAGGGUGAUUCUCACUUUGUUGAGGUGCCCGAUGAUGACCAAUUGGUAUUGGAGUAUCUAGACAUAUAG